GCACUCCUGUCGUGAAUUUCUGACUUACGUCAGUGUGGGUGUUUCGUUCGGCGGCCAUUAUUCUACGUAUAGUAAUUAUUUUUCGCUGUUUAGUGCUCUACCAAACAAAGAACUUCAUUAUUUUCGAUAUAUUCUGUUAAUUUAUAAUUUUGAAAAUAAUAUAUAAAUAGUACAAAGAUGAAUCCAGAAUACGACUACUUGUUUAAACUGCUUCUGAUUGGUGAUUCUGGAGUGGGAAAAUCCUGUCUACUGCUCAGAUUCGCAGACGACACAUACACCGAGAGUUACAUCAGUACUAUUGGUGUAGACUUUAAAAUUAGGACUGUAGAAUUAGAUGGCAAGACAAUAAAAUUACAAAUAUGGGACACAGCAGGACAGGAGCGGUUUAGAACUAUCACUUCGUCAUACUACAGAGGGGCACAUGGAAUUAUCAUUGUUUACGACUGCACAGACCAGGACUCGUUCAGCAACGUGAAGCAGUGGCUGGAGGAGAUCGACCGCUACGCGUGCGACAACGUCAACAAGCUGCUGGUCGGCAACAAGUGCGACCUCACCACCAAGAAGGUCGUCGACUACACCACAGCCAACCAAUACGCGGAGCAGCUAGGCAUCCCGUUCCUGGAGACGUCAGCCAAGAACUCCACCAACGUGGAGCAAGCCUUCAUGACCAUGGCGGCCGAGAUCAAAGCGCGCGUGGGCCCGCCCACCGGGGGCUCCGCGCCGCAGGGCGCCUCCGUCAAGAUCGACCAGGGCCGCCCCAUCGACACCGGCAAGUCGUCUUGCUGCUGAACACGUCGCCAAGGCGGGCGGCUUCACGCAGAGGCGGCGUGAGCUGGCGCCGGNCUGGCCGACCGCCGCACCCGAUAUAUAAAAUGCAAUUACCACAAAUGUUUCAUGAUCGCAUCAUAUUAAAGUAAUUAGAUCGAGCGCCACCCGAGCCCUCGACGCGACUACGUCUAAUUAAGCUAACUCUUAUUAAGUUGCUAUGUCCAAUAAAUAUUGUUAAAGCAAGGUGAAAUGGAUGGGUGUAUGUUUAUACAUGUUUAUAUUAAAUAUCGUAGGUUAAUUAUUUCGUGCUGUUCGGAUAUCGAUGCAGGCAACAUCAGCGUAGUUGUAUGAGAGGAAAAUCACAAGUGUUUUUGUAUCGUAUAGAGUAAUUUAGACAGACUUGUAACAUAGACUCCGUUUCGCUCGCACUACGCUACGGCUGGGAGUGAAGUGCGAUGGAAGGUAAUUGCAUGGCACUUUACUCUAAAUAACACCUUACGCUUAACGUAAUAGACGCCCAUUCAUUCUAGCUCGGUCCGCAGUGAUAUGAGAAAUUAAAAACUCCAAUUUUUUGUAUGACUCAAUUGUAAAAGUAAUGUAAUUUGUGUAUAUUGCCAGUAGGGUUCUUCCACACAGUAGCGUAGUGUGCAGCCCUUACGUAACUUUCGACCUUCUCAGCUGUCCAUUCGUAGGCUUAAUAUUAUUGUUUUAUUCCAGCUUGUGUUACUCUAUAAUUUUAUCACGUGAAAUACUAAUUUAAUACUUCGUAUGCACUGGGUGUUUAUAUUAUUGAAUAAUAUCGUGAAGCGUUCUGGGGAGUGCUAUGUUGAAAAUUUUGUGUUAGAACUUUUAAAAUUUAAGACUACUCUGUCGUAACUUUUAACACAAAAUUGUAGAUAUAGCAAAUUGGCCUUAGAUAAUUUAGACAGAUAUUAUAUAGUAAACUUAUGUAGUCAUCGAUUAAAGUAAAGCGGGAACAUAGUAUUAAUUAAAAGACAUAUACAUAUAUCAAUAUCACAGAAGUAUUGUGAUAAUUUAAAAUUUAACAGCGAUUUAAUGUUCUAAGCGCGGUUGUAUAUUUGUAUCUGUUUCGUAUUGUGCGUCCUGUGUUCUGAGAAAGGAUUAGUAAAUAUGCUGAAGUAUUUAAUUAAUUGUGUUUAGAAUAUUAAAUCGUAUUAAUUAUUUUAUUACCUGUCGAUCUUUGUAACUUACUCGCAAUGUCGUUAUUUUUAUACUAUUAUGUCUGAGUUAAGUUUACUUAAAUCAAAUCCGCUAACCCACUGUAUUUCUGUAUUGAGGGUUUCUUAGAAAUUAAAACAGUAUGCUAUA